GGUGCUUAACGACGCAGGCUUUUUUAUUAGUCGAAGGACAACGCCUUACCCAAUAAGAAGAAGACGAAGCCGUGAAGUUCCGCCUGCCGCGCUCGUUGAUUGGUCGGAUCCUCCAGGAGCAGCUGGGACGAUGGUGUAAGCAGAGCUGACCGCCGUCUUUGGAAUAGAAAGAUGAAGAAAGAACAGAUGCUCAACUGUCAGUUCUCUUCCUGGUAUCCUCAUUUCAAGAAGCAGACGAUUCGCAGUGUCAUCCUUCCAAUCCCACAAAACGUCAAGGAUUAUUUGCUGGAUGAUGGAACCCUGGUCGUUUCUGGCAGAGAAGAUCCCCAAACCAUAACCCAAGAUGGAGGCGAUGAGGAAGAGACAGAAGAAGCUGUGUGGUCUGAUGAUGAAAAUACGGCAACCCUUACGGCACCAGAAUUUCCUGAAUUUUCCCUUAAAGUUGAAGAGGCCAUCCAUUCCUUGGGAGGCAGCGUUUUCCCGAAGCUUAAUUGGAGCGCUCCAAGGGACGCCUACUGGAUCGCCAUGAAUAAUUCCCUGAAAUGCAACAGCCUCAGUGAUAUUUUCCUGCUUUUGAAAAGUUCGGAUUUCAUCACUCGUGACUUCACUCAGCCGAUUAUAAUGAAGAUAAUUUGUCUUCCAGGCAUAUCUCAGCGAGACUACACUCAGUACUACGAACAUAUCUCCAAACAGAAAGAAGAGAUUUGUAGAUGCAUACAGGACUUUUUCACGAAGCACAUACAGUAUAAGUUUUUGGAUGAGGAUUUUGUAUUUGAUGUCUACAGGGACAGUAUGGGCAGAGUUUGGCUCAUUGAUUUUAAUCCAUUCGGGGAAGUAACGGAUUCUCUGCUGUUUACAUGGGAAGAAAUCAGGUCUGGAAACAGUUUGAAAAAUGACCAGACUGAAGGAGCAGCGAUGGAAGAGGAGUCUCUGUCAUUCCGUUGCACGAACAGCAAUCUCACAGUCCAGCCAAGUCCGUAUCUGAGCUACAGAUUACCCAAGGAUUUCGUAGAUCUCUCCACGGGAGAAGAUGUCCACAAAUUAAUUGACUUGCUCAAGCUGAAAAGAAACCAGCCAGAGGAUGACGAAGCAUGAAGAUCACAGGAUAAAAUGAAAAAAACACACACACAAAAAUCCCAGAAAGGAGGCCACCUAGAAAAAUAGCGUUUUAACCGUAACAGUUCUGAGUUAAGAACUUCUUUCGUCACAAAGGAAAGGGGAUGCUAAACAUGGUGUAAUCCUUUUAGCGGAAUAAAGAUGUUUUCACC